AUGCGUCCUCAACAGUGCAACCACGUCGAGGAGGAGUCCUCUCCGCACCUCAUGGACGACGAGUGGCGAAAGGCUGACGCCACGAUUGUCCUCUGGAUCUACACCACUAUCUGCGACGAUCUUCAAGACAUUGUCAUGGAGGCCGACGCCACCGCCUUCUCUGCCUGGGAGCGCCUGCGCCUCUUCUUCUACGCCAACCAACCAGGUCGCGAACUGCACCUCUCCCAGGAGUUUCGCUCCAUAGUACAAGGCGACCUAUCCAUCACGGAGUACUGCCACCGCAUCAAGAACGUCGCCGAUGCCCUCGCUGAAGUCGGCGCUCCCAUGUCUGACAAGGCCAUCACCCUGCAGAUGAUUGAUGGUCUCGAUGAGCGGUACAAGAUACAGCAGGAGCUGUUCCCGUCCCUGGUUCCGUUCCCCUCUUUUAUGCAGGCCCAGUCUCGCCUGCAACUCGCUGAGACCACGCUCAAGAAGAAGGCCACUGCCCGUGCUGCAAAUCCACAGGUCCUCGUCGUUAAUGGGAACGGCAACGGCAACCCCGGCGGUGACCGCGCCCAGAACAUCAACGGCAACGACAACCAAGGGCGCGACAACGUCCAAAACGGCAACCGCAAUGGCAACUAUGGCGGUGACCGCGGGCGUGGCCGUGGACGCGGACGUGGCGACCAUGGGGGACGCGGACCCAAUCAGGCCUGGAUGGGCUACUUCGCGCCGGCACCCUAG